GCCGAAGGGUGACCACCAGUCAACCGAGCAGCCGCAAUAGACUCUGGUCACAAUUGCUCUGUAGACAUGGGCGCCAAGCAGCAGGAUGGCGAUGAGCCGUCGUCUCCACAGAAGGGCGACUUCCUCAAGCUCUUCUGGACGUUGGCGGAGAGCGAGCGCGACGUGCGUACGCAGGCGGCGGUGCAACUGCUCGCACACUUGAAGAGCAGUGCCAAGCAGGAGACCGAAGUGCAGUACACGCUCAAGCGGUUGGUACGCGGUCUGGCGUCGUCGCGUGAUGCUGCUCGUCAGGGCUUUAGUACAGCGCUCAGUGGUCUGCUAUCCACCUUUCCUAAGCAGCUAUCAUUGCAGAGCACGCACGAACUACUUCGUGAUGCCAUGGAAGUGCAUUCGUCCAUGAAGCCCAUGGAGCAGCGCGAGCACAUGUUCGGUCGUCUCUUCGGUCUGUUGGCACUGCACCGCUCCGGACGAUUAAGUGCUGACCUCCCGCUUCUCGUAGCAGUAGUCAAAGAGCUGCUGGAGAUGGCUACAUUCAAGCGCUGGUUCCGCGAGACAUGUUAUGAGGCGGUAUUGACACUUCUAUCCGAUGUACCUGCCGAGCAAUUUGUGACUGAAUUGGCUACACCGAUCCACAGUGCUCUGCAGAUUCAGCCGUCCAAGGGCAGUGACGAGGAAGGUGUGGAAGCCUGGAAUGCCGACCAGGUGCUGCUGGCCGUUGGGGUGCAGCGUUAUCUGCAUGCCACGGGCAUUGACCAAGACGAAGAACAGAUGAAGCAGCUGCCAGAGAACUUCGCGGCCGCGAACGCUCUGCAGCGCCACAACGUGCACGUGCUGGCACGACCGCUACGUGGAUCCUCAAGCUGCUACCCGCGCGUGCACUCGGCUUGGUUCGGUGUGUUCGGCCACAUACUGAACCCGACGAAAGAAGAUACUUCAGCAGCAAUCGACGGUGAAUUGUUCCAAGAGGCCUGGACUGUACUGGUAGAGAACUCUCUAGUCGGUGGCAGCAGCUCAGAGGACAAUGCCCCAACUAGUCACGAACGACAAGGUCUGGCAUUAAAGUUGUUCGAGCUAGUCGCUCCAAAGCUGCCAGCGCCUGUACUACGUGCCAUCCUGACCCCACGAUUCGUCAAGUGUCUGUACAACAACGGAGUGGCCAAGAGGAAUUACUUGCACGAGGCUGCGCGUCACUGUCUCAAGUCUUUCGCCUCGUGUGCUCCAGCCGAGUUCUUCCACUUUUUCCGCAAGCAGUUCAUGUCGCCUUUGUCCAUUCUGGUCAUGUCUACGUCUGCUGAUAGCGAUGGAGAGGAGGAGAAGCCCAAGAAGAAACAGAAACUGAGUGCUGGAGGCUUCGAUGCGCUCAUUGAGAUUGAAGAGAAGAAGGAACGUGAAGAAGCGGUCACGCGACGUACAGAUCGCGCUCGUGUGUGGGCUGUGGAGACCAUGGUAGCUGCUCUAACUGAGCUGUUGAGCUCAAAGGGCGAAGUGGAUGAUGAGACCACGAAGCUGCAGGACAAUGUGCUGCGUUUCCUGGUGUUCCACGCGUUCUUUACACCUUCUGAUGAGGCCGAAUCAGCUCCUAAGAAGAGCAAAAAGAGUAAGAAGAGCAAGAAAUCCAAGUCUUCAGAGCCUGACGAGGUGGUUCAGGAGGCUUUGACUGCCACGCCUGCUCUAUCAGAGAACGUGGCUAGUUACACCAAGACGCGACUGUUUUCGUUGCUGAGCUUGGGUCUUGCGGGGGCUGACGGUGCCCGUGCUAGCGCCAGCGUACUCAGUCGCAUCUUUACGAUCGCUCAGGGCUUACAGACUAACAACAGUGCUGUUGUUCUGCGUGAGCCUCUGAGUCAUGAAGUUUCUACACAGUUUAGUGCACUGGCUGAUCACAUUGGCACUCUGCGUAGUAAGGAGCUGGACGAAGAUACGAAGAAGACGCGUCGCCCUCUAAGCGAGGCGUUCCUGCUGCUGUUCAUGAGCACGGGCCUUCAGCUCUUGGACGCUGAGCAACGUGAUGAUGCUGUCGUAGUGGCUGCUGAUCUGGACAAGUGUUACGCUCAGCUUGUGGCGCGUGAAAAUAAGAAGAGCAAGAAGAACAAGAAGGAUGACACUGAUGAGGAGUCCGUGGUGGUGCUGACCGAUCUGCUGCUGAGUCUGCUGUCUCAAGACUCGAGUGCGCUGCGUGAGAUCGUCACUCAAGUCUUCCGGUCGCUACUGCCGCUGCUUAACAGUGAUUGCUUGACUACGAUGGUCAACGUGUUCCAGCCGACGGAUACUGACGCUGCUGAGGAAGAGGAUGACGAGUUCGCGCCUAUUACUGAGAAUGACGAAGAGAACGAAGAGGAGGAAGAAGAAGUGGUGCUGUCUUCGGCCGACGCUGUGUCUGAUGCGCUCCGCAACGACAAGAAGCUGGCGGCCUUGCAUCAGGAAGACCUGGCGCUUGCUGCUAUCGUCGGUCAAGUGAAGGUCCGCUCGCAGCGUAAGAAGGACCUCAAACGUGCUCGCUUGCAGACCAUGCACUUCCAGUUGCGUGUUCUGGACCUGCUGCAAGUGUUCGUCUCUCAGCGUCCGGAGCAAACCGAGGUGGCUACAGCCAAGCACAACACCUUGGUGCUGUCGCUGGUGGCUCCGCUGUUCCGUGUGCUUGCUCGUGUGCAGAAUGCGGACUUGGAGAAGCUGGUGCUUCGGGAUCGUUUGCAAGCUGUGCUGCUUCACAAGGUGCUUCGAGCCAAGGACAAGAUCCCGUCGGGUGAGGCUGCUCAAAGCGAGGCGCUGGACGCUCUACGUCAGAUUGUAGAGCUCAUCCGCACUGUUCCAAUGGAUAAGGACCACAGCGGUAAGGUCGCGUCUGCUGCGGUGGUGUACCUUGUCCGUGUGAUCUGUAGAAGCGAGGCUUCUAAUGAGGAGGCGCAGAAGAUCAUUCACAGUUCAGUACUGGACGCCUUCACCAAGAAGCACUCGCGCUUCCCGCGUACGUCGUUCGAGGAGCUACUGACCAAGUCUCCUGCUGUUGGCGCUCGCGUGCUCCUUGAGCCUCUGGCUGCUGUCGCUGCGGCUACAGAGAAAGAGGAUGCGGCCGUGGAUGAAUUCUCCAAGUGCGAAGUGUUCCGACUGCUUACGGUGCUGCUUCGUGGCGCCACUAAGCUGCAGCAGAGUGGUGAGCUGCCCAAGACUCAGCGAAGUGCGUUCAAGUGUGUGCAGAAGUCGUUGAAGAUGGCUCUUGUGCGGCAACUUUACCCUGAAAGCGUGCAGCAACUUAAGGCCAAGAGAAUGAAGGUCGUGAUGAUGUUCGCGUUGCAACUUGUCAAGUUCUGGCGCACAGACGACAAGAAGGCGACGGAUGCCGACAUCCGUGCUGUGGUUGAGGCAGUGCAGGCGGUGGACUCCAAGUCGCCAGUUGUGAAGGGCAUGGUGAAGCAGGUAUCUGAAGCUGCAGGCAUUCCGUACGCGGCAGCCAACGGCGCCAAGAAAGAGGACGAAGACGAGCUGAUGCCUGAAGCAGAGGAGGUCGAGCCGAAAAAGACGAAAAAGACCAAAACCAAGAGCCCUAAGGACAAACAGAAGAAGAAGCGCAAGCGAUCCAUCGCCGAGGAGUAAGAAAAAGUCGUGAGUCGCUUACCACUUGGGGGCAAAAGCAGGAACAGGCGAUGCAUUCCUCAUAAACCCCCACCUAUUAUAGAUACUAGAGCUUUUUGUGUGACUCCACGUCCUCGUAUCUGCAUCGCAUCAACACAACAGCCACUUCCAUCUCUGUAGACUUGC